AUGAGGAUUAAAAUUUUUGCUUGGCACUUUCUCGGGGUGUUUUCCGCCCUUUGGGGGCUGGCGACCGGGGCUUUCCCCAGCUCAGUGCAGAUAGGCGGGUUGUUCAUUAGGAAUACUGAUCAGGAGUAUACAGCGUUUCGACUUGCUAUCUUCCUCCACAACACCAGCCCAAACGCUACGGAAGCGCCCUUUAACCUGGUCCCGCAUGUCGACAACAUAGAGACCGCCAACAGCUUCGCCGUCACCAACGCAUUCUGUUCCCAGUAUUCAAGGGGGGUCUUUGCCAUCUUCGGCCUUUACGACAAGCGCUCGGUGAACACGCUGACGUCGUUCUGUGGGGCCCUGCACAUCAGCCUGGUGACACCCAGCUUCCCCACCGAAGGAGAGGCCCAGUUCACCCUGCAGCUCCGGCCGUCCAUCAGAGGGGCUUUGCUCUCACUGCUGGACCACUACGACUGGAACCGCUUUGUCUUCCUCUACGACACAGACAGAGGUUAUGCAAUACUGCAGGCAAUUAUGGAGAGAGCAGGGCAGAACGGAUGGCAGGUGAGCGCCAUCUGUGUGGAGAGUUUCAAUGAGGCAGCGUAUCGCCGGCUCCUCGAGGACCUGGAUCGACGUCAAGAGAGGAAAUAUGUCAUCGAUCUGGAACCUGAGAGACUACAAAACAUCCUAGAACAGGCUGUCAGUGUGGGGAAACAUGUGAAAGGUUACCAUUACAUCGUAGCAAACCUGGGUUUUAAGGACAUAUCCCUGGAGAGGUUCAUGCAUGGCGGGGCGAACGUGACUGGUUUCCAGCUGGUGGACUUUGGCAGGCCUAUGGUCAUUAAAUUGAUGCAGCGCUGGAACAAACUGGAUCAGAGAGAGUACCCUGGAUCUGACAGCCCACCUAAGUAUACCUCGUCUCUAACGUACGAUGGUGUUCUUGUGAUGGCCGAGGCCUUCCGCACCCUGCGCCGUCAGAAAAUUGAUAUUAGUCGCCGUGGCAAUGCCGGGGACUGCCUGGCCAAUCCAGCUGCUCCAUGGAACCAAGGAAUAGAUAUGGAGCGAGCUCUCAAACAGGUGCGCAUUCAGGGCCUGACAGGGAACAUUCAGUUCGAUCACUAUGGCCGGAGGGUGAACUACACCAUGGACGUGUUUGAAUUAAAGAGCAACGGACCACGCAAGAUCGGCUACUGGAACGACAUAGACAAACUUGUGUUGGUCCAGAGUGAAAACACCUUGUCCAAUGACAGCUCAGCGAUGGUGAACCGCACCCUGGUCGUUUCCACAAUCAUGGAGGGUCCCUACGUGAUGCUGAAGAAGAACUGGGAGCUUUACGAAGGCAACGACCAGUUCGAGGGAUACUGCGUGGAUUUGGCUUCGGAAAUCGCCAAACACAUCGGAAUCAAAUACAAGAUCCAGAUCGUACCAGACGGGAAAUACGGGGCCAGAGAUCCGGAGACGAAGAUAUGGAACGGCAUGGUUGGGGAGCUUGUGUAUGGGAAAGCAGAAAUCGCUGUGGCCCCGCUGACCAUCACUCUGGUGAGAGAAGAAGUGAUUGACUUCUCGAAGCCUUUCAUGUCUCUGGGUAUAUCCAUCAUGAUCAAGAAGCCCCAAAAGUCCAAACCGGGUGUUUUCUCCUUCCUGGACCCGCUGGCCUACGAGAUCUGGAUGUGCAUAGUGUUCGCGUACAUUGGAGUCAGUGUUGUGCUGUUUUUGGUGAGUCGCUUCAGUCCAUACGAAUGGCAUGCGGAGGAACCAGAGGAGGGUGCCACCGAGCAGGGCCCCACAGACCAGCCUCCCAACGAGUUCGGCAUCUUCAACUCCCUGUGGUUCUCACUGGGAGCUUUCAUGCAACAGGGCUGCGACAUCUCACCACGAUCUCUGUCUGGACGGAUCGUUGGAGGCGUGUGGUGGUUCUUCACCCUCAUCAUCAUCUCCUCCUACACGGCCAACCUGGCAGCCUUCCUCACCGUGGAGAGGAUGGUCUCACCCAUAGAGAGUGCCGAGGAUUUGGCCAAACAGACAGAGAUAGCCUAUGGGACACUGGACUCAGGCUCCACCAAGGAGUUCUUCAGGAGGUCCAAAAUAGCCGUAUACGAGAAGAUGUGGUCGUACAUGAAAUCCGCCGAGCCGACUGUCUUCACCAAGACCACGGCAGAGGGAGUGGCGAGGGUCCGCAAGUCCAAGGGGAAGUACGCCUUCCUCCUGGAGUCCACCAUGAACGAGUACACGGAGCAGCGCAAGCCCUGCGACACCAUGAAAGUCGGGGGCAACCUGGACUCCAAAGGAUAUGGCAUUGCCACACCGAAAGGCUCACAGUUAAGAACCCCGGUAAACCUUGCAGUAUUGAAACUGAGCGAAGCAGGCGUCUUAGACAAACUGAAAAACAAAUGGUGGUAUGACAAGGGAGAGUGUGGACCCAAGGACUCUGGAAGUAAGGACAAGUCGUCCCAGGCUCUCAGCCUGUCCAACGUGGCCGGGGUCUUCUACAUCCUUGUGGGCGGCCUUGGCCUGGCCAUGCUGGUGGCCCUGGUCGAGUUCUGCUACAAGUCUCGGGCUGAAGCCAAGCGCAUGAAGCUGUCAUUUUCCGACGCCAUGCGGAACAAGGCCCGUCUAUCCAUCACAGGAAGUGUCGGGGAGAAUGGCCGCGUCCUGACGCCAGACUGCCCCAAAGCCGUCCAUGCAGGCCACGCCUCCUUCCGACACCACGGCCUUGCAGUGGUCUCCUCCGGACUGCCCUGA